UCCUGACCAACACUCCAGUCCAGUUGGUGGCGCUAAUGCUCCAUAGAACCUGGUUGCCAACCGCGAUUAAACACGAAGAAGAAAGGCGGGGCUUUGUUUGUUUGCGUCAUGAUGACGUAUGAUCUGCUUUACGUUCACAUGCUGUUUAACGCCACAAAGGAAGAAAAAACAACAAGAGCAAGAAUAACUACACUGAAGCAGGGAAGCUGUGAGCUGACAAACCUUCAGACUUUCGGACGCAUCGCUGUGGCAGUCGUUGAACAGUGUUUCAUUCGUCUGAAUCAGUCUUCGAGCAGCAGCAGAAAGCUUCGUUCGUCAUGAGGUCCGUCCGUGUGAAGCAACAAGUCGUUCUGGGCAGCAGGAGCCAGCCGGUUCAGGCGCUGCGAGUCUGGGUGGAAAGAGGACCGGACCUGCAGGAGGACCCGUUUGUUCUGGCUCAGCAGAGUGAACAGCUGCUGGAAAUAGAGACAAGGACAAAAGAAGAGAAACUUCACCGCUUUCAGAUGGAAGUGCGCCACCGUGUGGCACAGCACACGCAAAACAGCAAUAACAGGCGGCAGCUUCAAACGGAACAGCAAAAGACGCGACUGCGAGAUCUGGACCAGUCACCAUGUGGCUCCAGCCUCCGUGACUCACCGCUGGUCUGGUCUGUGGCCGACCAGAAGGAAGAGAAACGGCAGCGGCAGUGUCACUUUGUGACACAGCGUCGGCUCUUUAUGGACGCCGAGCGGGAAAAGGUGAAGGAUGACCAGCGCUACAGGAAACACAUGAAGAGCCCUGGCUACAGGUUGAAAGCAGAAAGAGAACAGAGGAGGCUGCAGGAAGAAAGGAAGCUGCAGCCGCUUCCACCUCCAGAUGACAGAGAGCUUCUAAUUUUAGAGAGAAUUAAACGAGAGGAAAAGGAACGAGCUGCACAGCUGGAGAGGAAGAAAAGAGAGGACAGAAAGAGGGCAGUAAAAAGGUUUAAUGAAGCUUUGAGGACUGACAUUCUGGAGCGUCUGUCUCGGGAGAAGGUGGACCUGCCUCCUCUGUGUUUGUGCACCUCCUCCUUGUGGGAGUCCCAUCCUGAUAAAUGUGCAAAUAACUGCAUGUUCUACCACAAUCCACAAGAGUAUCUGCGGCUGCUGCACUCGCUGAUGGUCAACUUGGAAGAGAGCAGGCGAAAGUGUCGAUGACCAGCAGAGGACAGCUGAUUUGUUUAUUAAUAAAGUAUUGUUCCCACAGAA